AUGGAUUUUCUGAACAGAUUAAUCAUGAGUGACGAAGCGCAUUUCCACCUGAAUAGAUUUGUAAACAAACAGAACUCCAAAUUUUGGGGAACAGAAAAUCCAAACGUGGUUCAUGAGCGAGAACUUUACCCAAUAAAAUGUACAGUUUGGUGUGUAGUCACCAGCCAACGCAUCAUUGGACCAUACUUCUUCGAAGAUGAGGAUAUGGCAAUGCUGAAACUGUUACCCGAGAAUGAUACAGACAGAUGCUUCAAAAAUUUUUACGUCCCGCUCUGGAAAAACAUGCCAGAGAUGUGGUUUCAGCAAGAUGGUGCUACAGUUUACAUACCCAGAGCAACAAUACAGCUCCUGAGGACUUUUGGCAAUCGAAUAAUUUUAGAGAUUUUCCGAUAUUCCGUACGCUGCACGUUCGUCUGA